AAAAGAGAAAUGAGCGAAAAAGGCUGAAAAGAAUUCUUUCCCAUUGCCCUGUCCACAGAGAAAGAGAAAGAAGAAGAAAAGCUCUCUCUCUGUGAUGGACUAGAAGCCCCCCUUCCUUUCAAAGCUUUGUUGUAUCAGCUCUGUCUUUGAAACCAACUCAAAAAGGUAAAAAGGAAAAACAAAAUAUACCCACGAUUUUGUCCUGCCCCCAUUUAUUUAUCCCGGCGAUCGGGCAUUUCUUUCGAUCGUUCCUGCCGAAUCUCACCGUUUCGUUUGAAUCCACCCGAUUGGAAAUUCAAUUUCUUUCUUGUUGCCCGAGAUGGGUUAUGCUCACCUAGGGCUGUGAUUCGGAGUUUUGUUGGGUCUUUCAGGCACAGUUUGGUGCAUUGAUCAAAGAUUAAUGGUGUCUGCGAUAAUCAGUGCAAAUCUGACUUCUGGGACUAGUGGCGUGGCUUUGAGAAUUGCAAAGAAACUAGAGCAGAACUUGGGCUUUGAUAUCAUUUUAGAUAACUACCUUGGGAAUACAUUGAUUGCUGGAUCUUUUGGGUGAGAACAUGUAAGUUAUGGUAUCCGGAUCAUUGAUGAGAAUUGUAUCGCCUUGUUGGAAACCUUCGGUCGAGGGCGACGACUCAGGAAAAAGUGGAGAUGCGAGCGGUCGUGUCGAUGGCUUGUUAUGGUAUAAAGAUUCAGGACACCAUGUAAAUGGUGAAUUUUCCAUGGCGGUAAUUCAAGCAAAUACUCUACUGGAAGACCAGAGUCAAGUUGAAUCAGGGCCGAUGAGCUCUCUUGAAUCUGGUCCUCAAGGAACAUUUGUUGGAGUCUACGAUGGCCAUGGAGGCCCUGAAACCUCCCGGUUUGUCAAUGACCGGCUUUAUGACUAUGUUAAAAAAUACACUUCAGAGAACCGGGGAAUGUCCGCUGAUGUCAUCAAGAAAGCUUUUCUAGCUACGGAGGAGGAAUUUCUCUCGAUAGUUAAAAAGCAGUGGCAUAUUAAGCCACAGAUUGCUUCAGUCGGCUCAUGUUGUUUGGUGGGCAUCAUUUGCGGUGGCCAGCUAUACAUUGCAAAUGCUGGAGACUCGAGGGUCGUGUUAGGACGAAUGGAAAAGACUGUCAAGGAGGUCAAAGCAAUCCAGUUGUCAUCCGAGCAUAAUGCCAGUUUUGAAUCUGUGAGAGAGGAAUUGCGUCUAUUGCAUCCCGAUGAUCCACAGAUUGUGGUUUUAAAGCACAAGGUUUGGCGUGUGAAGGGUCUUAUUCAGGUUUCAAGAUCCAUCGGUGAUGCUUAUUUGAAGAAGGCGGAGUUCAAUAAGGAACCUCUGUUGCCAAAAUUUAGGCUUCCGGAACCGUUUCCUCGACCAAUCCUCAAAGCUGAGCCUUCUAUACUAGUUCAACAGAUUUACCCUGAAGACCAGUUUCUCAUAUUUGCAUCAGAUGGCUUAUGGGAGCAUCUUAGCAAUCAGGAGGCGGUUGACAUUGUCCACAACUGUCCACGCAAUGGUGUUGCGAAGAAGCUUGUCAAAACCGCGCUCCGUGAAGCGGCAAAGAAGAGAGAGAUGCGGUACUCCGACUUGAAGAAGAUAGAUCGCGGGGUGAGGAGACAUUUUCAUGACGAUAUCACCGUCAUAGUUUUGUUUCUGGAUUCGCAAUUGAUCCGUCGCAGCUCCUGGCGGGGGCCUCUGCUCUCAGUCCGAGGAGGUGGCGGUCCCUCUGCAAAUGUGAAGACCUAGUCAAAGAGAUCACAGAAUCCAUCAAAUUAAGCCUUUCAGAUCGCAUUUUUUUUUUCUUCUUUUGUAUGAGAAAGAUUUCUAUAGUUUAAAAGUUCGGAAAUUCGAAAAUUGAUAUUGUAAUGUUGUAUAGGCCACUUGAUCUUCCUCCCACGAUGCCAUAAGCCAGCUCUUUGUAUUUGGACAGCACAUUGCAUCAGUGAAGUUUAUUACACACAAAGCAAAAGUAUCCACUCAUUAGGCAGAA